GACGUUACGAAGAAGAGGAACGUCACGACAAUGUCGUGAAAAUGCUGUCAUCAAUAACGCCAAGCUGAAAACAGCAUUAGGUGUUUGACUAUGCUCUUAUGUUUAUAGCCAGUACGUGUACAGCUUUAAAUGACAGGUCUCGGCUCACGGCGAAGGUUGGAAUGGAAGCUAUGGAAGAUGACAGCUCGGACGUAAAAGAUGACCACAAUCAUAACUAUUGUGCGGGCAGCAGCAGUGGAGUCCAGACCUGUUCAAGCAACCAACUAUGCGACGUAACGACGCUCCACCAGCCUAUCUGCUUAGCGGUAUCGGGAAGGGAAGUGGAGCCAGCUCGGAGGAGUUUACUAUGCCGAUGCGCGUCUGGUUCCGAGUUCAUGGACUCUGACUCGUGCAGCGAGUGCAGCGACGCCGGUGGCGAGACCGAAUGCGCGACGCCGGCGGCCGCCUCUGCCCAAGACAAAUUCACUCUCGACUCGUCUUCAAAGUUCCUUCUAAAUGCCAUGGCUGUGGAGGACUACCGUAACAACCACUGGCCAAACCUGGAAAAGGCCAUUGAGCGCCUGCUCAUACACAAUCCCACGGACCACAUCUCUGUUUCAUAUGCUCAGAUAUACAGUUAUGUCUACAAGUGUGUUUGCCAGCAACACUCCGAGCUGCUCUACAAUGACCUGAAAUCCAAAAUAGCAAAUCAUCUACAGCGGGUAUCCACUGAUCUGAACGCCGUCCCACUUGAAAACCUGAUUGAAAGCUUUAACACAGCCCUGACACAAUACAUUGCAUCUCUUCAGUGUAUUGUUCCAGUAUUUAUGUAUUUGAACAAGUUCUACAUCGAAUCAAAGCUGAACCGCGACCUGAAACAAGAUCUGAUGAACCUGUUUGCUGAUCAUGUCGCAGAGAAAUAUGUCAACACACUCAUGCCUCUUCUCAUUAAAGCUCACGCGGUGCCCUUUGAAGUCCAGCCGUCAACCAUGGCCAAUGUGGUCAAAGGCCUCCACAGCCUCCGACCAGAGUGGGCCCAGUUGGCACCUGCUCUCUUCUCUGACUUUAUUCCUCAAAUCAACCCUCCCGCUCUGGAGUCUCUGCUGUUGGACUACGCUGCUCAUGACCAGAAGCUCCAGAUGGAGCUUUCGAUGAACGGCUUUCCACGGGGUGAUCAGUCUCGCAAGAGGGCCAAUGACGACUCCUGAUUGGAAGGCGGGCAUUUGCACUUAUCCGGCCCAAUGGCAUCGCUGUUCCGUAUGAAAGGUACCCACACAGAACGGUCCAGAAUUGGUCGACUCCUGAGGUAGCAUCAGAGGCGCGUCAGACUCGGGCCGGAUGUUGUAUGAAAGGGAAUAGCGGAAAGCCGGGGUCAGGAUGUAAAUGGCUUCUCCUGUGCAUCGCAUCAGACUGAAGAGAGGACGAUGACAUGCCAUGUCGCGUGUGAACAAACACACGUGUUUCUAGCUUCAGUGGUUGGUGAAUGGCUCAGGCUCAUCAAUCUCUCUAAUGUUAUGUGGAUGCCGUGUCUAACGGUGCAUGAACAGGGCGUGUGUUCCUGCGCCUCCCACCUGCUGAUACAAUACGAGAGAAACUUUUCCCCGAACAUCAGUGACACCGAUCACUGCGGUGUGAGCAGACCUGUUUUUCUAUCCAUGUUUUCUGUCUUUGUCAGAGUGCCUUCAUGGUGGUUUUGCAUCCUAACAUUCAUCUUGAAAAUGUCUUGCAAAAGAAUGGGCUAACAAAAGACUCCUGCUGCUGUAUACCAAACCUUUGGUUUCGCCCCUUGUGACUGUGAAGUCGGCAGCCUGAACACAGAAGAGUGGCGAGAAAUGGGAUUUAAACUGUGAUUCUCCGUCCAUGUUGUUGCCUUUAUGUGUUGGUAUAAACAGAAUUGUUUUCCAUGACACCAAAGAGGGUUUGCAGUACUUGGCAGUGAUUCGGUAUGAAUUCAAGCUAACAUUGUUAAUGAUGCAUGUUUACUUGUCUUGAGUAUACAUAUAUAUUUUUUAUACUAACCGUUUGGUUAUUGUUUUUGAAAAUACAACUUAAAUCUGUGUGUUGUAGACUUGCAUGUAGAACUUUUGAGUCAGUCGAGUGCCAGAAGAUCUUCUUGUCAUAAAUGUGUAAGUGUGUCAAAUCGGAAUCUUCAUACAAGAACAAAAUAUAUGCAAAUAUUACAAUAAAGUGCAGGUAGAGAUGCAAAGUCUAAAUAAAGCUUUGUGUUCAUA